GAAGCUUGCCCCGCUGUUGGGGUUCACUUGGCCCAAAGGGGCGGAAUGUCAUUAUCAGACAGACGACGGGGGAGCCAAAGAUCACGAAGGACGGAGUGACCGUGGCACGUUCUAUCGAAUUCAACGAUCAGUUUGAAGACGUCGGCGCCCGGUUAAUUCGGCAGGUGGCUGGAAAGACGAAUGAUGUUGCGGGUGACGGCACCACCACUGCGACUAUUCUGGCUUGGAGUAUUUUUGCUGAGGGCUACAAGAGUGUGGCCACGGGUGCCAACCCCAUGGAUCUUAAGCGCGGCAUUGACCUUGCCGUUGGGGUCAUUCUCGAAAGCCUACAAAAGCAGAGGCGUCCUGUGAAGGACCUGGCAAUGUUGGAGAAUGUGGCAACCAUUAGUGCCAAUGGGGAACGACCCCUAGGACAACUGAUUGCCUCUGUUGUGCAAGCCGUUGGGGUAAAUGGUUACAUUUCUGUGCUCGAUGGAAAUACGUCGGCAACGGAAUGGAAGCGCUACGAUGGCUGGAGUACGGAGCAUGGAUUUCUUUCCAGUGCUUUUGUGACGAAUUCCGCAAAUUUGGAGAGUCAACUUGAAUCCCCAUUUGUGUUUAUAACGGCACAAAAGUUGGAGGCUGUUGGAGAUAUUCUACGACUCUUGGAGACAGCCAAAACAAACGGUAAAUCGCUUGUCAUUGUUGCACGUGGGUUUUCUGAAACGGUGCUGCAAACUAUUUACCACAACCACGUACACAAGGUGGUGUUGUGCGGCGUGGUGUGCGCACCUGAAUUAUCGGAGGAGGAGUUGCACGAUCUUGCCGCAUGCUGCAACUGUGUUGUGGAGAAGGUUGAUUCAAUUGGUCUUGUGGACGAUGUGAAGUGUCUGUUGGGCUCUGCGAAGCGCAUGGAACAAAAUAUGGAUAGCACCACCAUUACCGGGUGGGUGGACCCAGCCCCACGCCUCCGUCUCCUACAGGGCCGAUUGGAUCGUGCUAUGUCCGAGGAAGCAAAGGAUAAGCUUCGUGAGCGCAUCUCAAAACUGAACCAAACCUUUGCCGUUAUUCGCGUGGGUGGGCGCUCAUCAGUGGAGAUCAGCGAAUCCAAAGAUCGUGUGAUUGAUGCUCUCAAUGCCUCGCGCAACGCAUUGGCGGAGGGAAUUGUCGCAGGUGGUGGGGCCGCUCUUCUUCAUGCCUCAAAGGAGCUGGAUAAGAUUCUUCAAGCUGACGAGGAAAUGGAACAGGAUCGGCGAACAGGCGUAAUUAUUGUGCGAAAUGCGGCGCGUCUUCCGAUGAAACGCAUCAGCGAAAAUGCAGGUGAAGAGGGCGCAGUCACAGUGGAAAAUGUUGCUGAGUAUAAAGAUAGCUGUAUGGGCUACGAUGCUCAAAAUGAUCGUUACGUUGACAUGUUUGAAGCAGGCAUCAUCGACCCUGUAAAAGUAGUCACCUCGUGUGUAGUUGAUGCGGCGUCGGUGGCCGGUCUGAUGAUCACCACAGAGGCCAGUGUAUGUGAUUACCAGACAGAAUAA